AUGUUCAACACUGCCAAAUCCCUGCUUGUCAUCGGUGGAGCUCUUGCUUCGGCAGCUCCUACCACCCGAGGUCUGCUCACUCCUACUCUUCUUGGGGAGCCUCAGACUGUCGCCAUCACCCUCGACCCCAACCUCCAGCGAGACUCUUGUGUCUCUACCACUGAGCUCGUUGAUGGACGAGUGUUCUGGUUGUGCCGAGACUCGAUCAUCCUCAGGAAUCAGAACUUGACCGCUGAGAUCAAGGAAGGUCUCUUCCAGGGAGGUGCUCUUGGUCUCGUCGCUUCCACUGGAUCAUGGAGCAACCAAACCCUACUCGGUCCCGAGCUCCAACCCAUCCCCGCUGGUCAAGGUCAGACCCAAGUCACUGACAACUACCAGUUGCAGUUGACCCAAUAUGGAGGUGAAAGCAAUUACUUCGCCAACGAGCCUUACGUCUACUAUGAGCCCAAUGAGUGUAACGGUAUCCCCGCCGGCUCCUCUCAAGGUAACUGCAAUGACGGUACCCGAAUUCCCCUCUGGCCAGACAGCCCUGCCAUUGUCACCUCCGUCGAUGGGGAAACCACUACCAUGCACUUCUACAUCAAGGUGCCUCACAUUUAUGACUUCUUGGGAACUGUCGACUACUACCCCUUCUCGAGUCUGUACAAGCUCGUCCACAACCACGGAGACCCUGCCGACCAGCUUCCCACCAUCUCCCUCGUGGACGAGUAUUUCUGGCCACGAGGAGCCUUUGCCUACGGUGACUUUGCCAACGUCAAGCAACAAGGCAGUGACUACCUCUAUCUUUGGGGUCAAUCCUCCCCUCCUCCUUUCUUCAACGUCACCGCCAACCAGACCCAGUACCCCCCUCCCCAGGUCGGUCUCGCCCGUGUCCCCAUCGACUCUACCGAGGACAAGAGCGCCUACCAGUACUACUACCCUGCUAGCGGUUGGUCGUCCACUCAACCCCUCACCAACACCACCUCUGCCUUUGUCGAUGUUGGUGGCGUCGGUGGAGGUACCAUCAUCUGGUCCGACCUCUACCAGACUUACCUCUGGUUCUCUCAGCUCCAGGGAUCCGGAGUCGCCGAGCUCUACCUCACCACCUCCACCACUCUUGAAGGACCAUGGCCCGCUGCCACUUACGUCGCCACCUUCCCCCAAGGAAACUCGUUCGCAUACUCUUUGGCUGCUCACCCGGAGAUGAGCUUGCUCCCCAACGAGUUCUACUUCACCUACACCCAACAGGUCGACUACCCCGGCACCACCUCCACCGUUUACGCUCAGCCCCUCAUGAAGCUCACCUUUGCUUAA